AUGUAUCUUCCAACUCGAUCUCUUGGCCGUGAUGGCCCUCAAGUUCCAGCUAUUGGUCUUGGGCUCAUGAGUCUCGGCAGUAUCUAUGGAUCUGCCGGUUCUCUCGAAGACAAGGUAGCCUUCCUCGAGCAUGCCCAUGCGAUCGGUGCGCGAUUCUGGGAUACAGCCGACCUAUAUUUUGACAGUGAAGACGCAGUGGGAGAGUGGGUGAAGAAGUCAGGAAACCGCAAGGAUAUAUUCCUAGCCACCAAGUUUGCGAUCCAAUUUGACGUCGCCACGGGUAUUCAGACAGUCCGCUCUGACCCCGAGUAUAUCAAGGUUGCUUGUGAGAAAAGUCUGAAGAAGCUCGGGGUUGAAACAAUUGAUCUUUACUACUGCCAUCGAGUUGAUGGUGUGACGCCUAUUGAAAAGACCAUCGAGGCUAUGGUUGAGCUGAAGAAGCAAGGCAAGAUCAACCAUCUUGGAUUAUCUGAAUGCUCUGCUGCAACUCUGCGCCGUGCCCAUGCUGUCCACCCUAUUGCCGCAUAUCAAGUUGAAUACAGUCCAUUCGCUGUGGACAUUGAAUCGUCUACCACCGAGAUUUUGAGUACCUGUCGCGAACUUGGUAUCGCCGUCGUUGCCUAUAGUCCUGUUGGCCGAGGCGUUCUGACUGGUCAGAUUCAAUCGUUCUCCGAUAUUCCCGAAAAUGAUUUCCGCCGCAUGCUACCCAAGUAUGCACAGGAACACUUCCCAAAAAUCCUUGAACUGGUUCAGGGGUUGAAGGAUGUUGCCAAUAACCACGGCAGCACUCCUGCCCAGGUUGCCAUCGCAUGGCUUCUUGCCCAGGGCUCUGACAUCAUUCCUAUUCCCGGUACAAAGUCGAUCAACAAUCUUGAUGAGAAUACCAAUUCCGUCUCUCUUCAUUUGACGGAUAUGGAGCUGCAAGAUAUCCGGGCAUUGAUCGAGAGGACUGAGAUCCCUGGAACACGGUAUCCUGCUAUGAUGAUGGACAGCGUGUUUGGUGAUACUCCGCCACUUUAA